UGUCCACGGUAUAAAACUCCUCACCUCAAACUCCACCCCCGGAGUCCCGGACCUAAUCAUGGAUAACGCAUACCCGAAACCGUUAACAAUACACUGGGUCUCCACCACAGACUCGUCCGAGUUCACCCUUCUGAGUUGGGCACUGACUCAUUCCUCACUCGUCGCCCUUGAUGCAGAAUGGAAGCCAGUUCGAUCUCAGACCACCCAACUAACCGACUCCGACCAGGACCAGGAUCGCACCUUCCCAUCUGUAUCUCUCCUCCAACUCGCCUGCCGACUUGUCGAGUUUCCCCCAGACCUGGCCGAUUCGACUCAGUUCAACCAGGAUGACUCAGUUGUGUUUCUUGUUGACUUACAAUCAGUCCCUUUUGCUUCAAUUUAUGGGCAAUUGAAAGAGAUGUUUGUUGAUGAGAAUGUUUUGAAAUUGGGUUUUCGAUUUAAGCAGGAUUUGGUCUAUUUGUCUUCUACAUUUUGUUCUCAUGGUUUUGAACCUGGGUUUGAUUUGGUUGAACCGUUUAUCGACAUAUCUAGCAUAUAUCAUCACUUACAACAAAGGUUAACUGCAAGGAAGAUAGGAAAGAAUAGCAAGAGUUUGGCAACCAUUUGCACGGAAUUGUUGGGAGUUUCUCUUUCGAAGGAGCUUCAAUGCAGUGAUUGGUCUCAACGCCCCCUUACAGAGGAGCAACAAAUAUAUGCAGCAAUCGAUGCUCACUGUCUACUUGAGAUAUUUGAUAUUUUCCAACUCAAGGUUGACAAAGAAGGGAAAUCUGUAAAUGAUGUUGAUAUGCUUGGUUUCCCUAAUUUAAGUCUUGGAUUGAAAGAAGUACUUCAAAGGCCAACUGCUUGUGAGAGAAUAGUACAUAGUAGAGUUGGCGAGGCUUCAAGUAUUGUUGGAGCAACAAUAGCUACCGAAUUCUUCAAAAGUGAGAUUUCCAUGGACAUGGUUGUUUCUGGCUCAUUAUGCAGGCAGACUGCACCCCUAAAAGAGUCCCUUUCAAGAAUUGUUUCCGACUACGGCAGUAAAAUUUUGCUGUCUGAAUCAGAUAAAAAACCUAAAAUAUCUAAAAAGAAGGGGAAAAAACAGCCUAAACCGAGUUUAAAUGGAAAACCUAAAGGUUGUGAUGGUGUUGAUGAUUGGCAAGGCCUUCCACCAUGGGAAUCACUAAAUGGAGGCGAUGGAUGCCCAAAGUUUCUUUGUGAUGUGAUGAUUGAAGGAUUGGCAAAACAUUUACGCUGUGUCGGAAUUGAUGCUGCAACCCCCCACUCAAAGAAGCCUGAGAGCAGGGAGCUAGUAGAUCAGGCACAGAGGGAGAGAAGGGUGAUCUUGACUCGGGAUGCCAAAUUGUUGAGGCAUGACUAUUUAUUAGAUAAUCAAAUAUAUAGAGUGAAGAGUCUUCUCAAGAAUGAACAGCUACUUGAGGUUAUUCAAACAUUUCAGCUAAAAAUUUCUGAGGACAGCCUUAUGUCAAGGUGCACAAAAUGCAAUGGCAGAUUUAUUCAUAAACCAUUGACAACAGAAGAGGCUAUCGAAGCUGCCAAAGGUUUUCAGAAAAUACCUAAUUGCCUUUUCAACAAGAAUUUAGAGUUCUGGCAAUGCAUGGACUGCAAUCAGCUAUAUUGGGAGGGAACACAGUAUCAUAAUGCAGUCCAGAAAUUCAUCAACAUCUGUAGCUUGGGUGAAUAGUACACCGCCUCUCGUGUUCAUCGUGAAUCGUGAUGAAGCUGGUGUUGCCUAUCAGAAAUGACCACAACCUUGGUAAAAUCUGCAUCUGCAGUAUUUUCAGAGUCAAAGCUAACUUCUUCCCUGUGUACAUCUGCUCUGUUGAUUUGUCUAUGCAGCAUUGUAGAAAAAUCAAAUGUAAUGCAAUUUCAACCUUCAAAAGCUAGAUUUCCCAGUUGAGGUUUUGAUCUUUCUA